AUGCCUGUUCGGGCAUGCAAAACACCAAGCGACAACUUCCCGCGGCUCCCAGAGGAUCGAAAAUUUGAAGAAGAGCGAUAUCCUGAUUACAAGGCGCACAAAUACUACCCUGUCCGUCUGGGCGAGACAUUCGCGUCGAGAUAUCGAGUCAUAGCAAAGCUAGGUUAUGGGACCGCGUCCACUGUUUGGCUAACCCGGGAUCUCGAGUUGAGUCGGCAAGACACGCUGGUUACACUCAAAGUCUGCACCCUCGGCCAGGACGAGUCCAACGAACUAGCCAUUUCUCACCACAUCAGAUCUGUCGAAGGCGACCAUGCUGGCAAGCAAAGACUCCGUGUCGCCAUUGACGAUUUCCGUGUUCGUGGACCUCAUGGCAUGCAUCAAUGUCUGGUGUUUCCCGCUCUGGGGCGUACGCUCGCUCAGCUGCGAGAUGCGUUUGAAGACCAAAGAUUCGACACACUUUUGCUGCAAAGAUGUCUGCUCGGUAUUGUCCAAGGCCUGGACUUUUUGCAUCAAGCAGGUGUCGUGCAUACGGAAAAAAAAAUGUCUGCUAACUGUGGUCAUUCCCUUACCCANGAUCUCUCUCCCAACAACAUCCUCAUGCAAGCCGACGAGGAAACAAUCGCCAAAGUGCAAGAAGCAGAGAUGGCGACCCCGUCGCCGAGAAAGGUGUGCCGGGAUCGUGUCAUCCAUCUUUCAUACACGAUGCCGACUUCAUACAAAGACCCCAUCAUCACAGAUUUCGGUGCCGCGCGCCUGGGCGAACCGCAUGGAAAGUACAGCGGAGACGUCAUGCCUGGAGUCUAUCGGGCACCGGAAGUGAUCGCAGCAAUGGACUGGGAUUCGAAGAUUGAUAUCUGGGCCUUGGGCGUCAUGGUNAUCUGGGAUCUGUUUGAAGACGGCAAUUUGUUUGCCGCAUAUGGCCCCGAUGGCCACCUGAAUGACGAACUCCACUUUGCGCAAAUGAUCUCUCUACUGGGCCCUCCACCCAAAGAAUUCCUAGACAGGAUGAGUGAGCCAUUACGUUGUCGGUUCUGGAACUCUUCUGGCAUCUGGAUAGCGAAAACACCGAUUCCUUGUACAGACCUCGCGACACGCGAGUGCCGGCUCCAAGGCAGGGACAAGGAGCUUUUGCUGCGGCUGAUGCGCAAACUGCUUACUUGGCUGCCCGAAGACAGAGCUAAAGCCGCCGAGCUUUACAGAGAUGAGUUCAUCUAUCAAUGGGUCGACUAUGUGAUGGAUCUCGCACAAGGAAAGAGAGUCACUUAG